AUGUUUGAUAAUACACAGUACCCCUAUAACUGUUUUAAUUAUGAUGGGGAUGACUAUCCAACCUGUAGUUCUGAUGAAGAGAAAAAAUUCACCAGACCAGCAUACAGCUACAUUGCCUUAAUUGCAAUGGCCAUCCAGCAAAGUCCUUCAAACAAAGUGACCUUGUCUGGCAUCUAUGAUUUUAUAAUGAAGAAAUUUCCUUACUACAGAUCAAAUCAAAGAGCCUGGCAGAACUCCAUCCGACAUAACUUAUCACUUAACAAUUGUUUUGUAAAGGUUCCCAGAACAGAAGGGAAUGAGAAGGGGAAAGGAAACUAUUGGAGCUUUGCAUCUGGAUGUGAAUCCAUGCUGGAUCUUUUUGAAAAUGGGAAUUACAGGCGGAGACGGAGAAGAAGGAACAUGAAAAGGGAACACAAAGAGCAGAGGCCAAGUGGAGGGAAAGAUCCUUCGUCCCCUGAAUCGUCUUCUAUGGAUUCUGGUUUAUACCGCAUCUCCUGUUGUGAAAGUAAAGGCGAGCCAACCGAAUCUGGCCCCAGACCCUUGGAGCCUCAUGGGUUCUUUCCGAACAACACCUCCAACAGACAGAGCCUAAACAACUCCUCCCUAGGAAAAUCUGACUCGGAAAUUAAAUUUAGCAUCGAUUACAUUCUUUCAGCCCCAGACCCUUUGCCUGUUCUGAGAUCUCCGUAUCACAUGCAAGAUAACAAAUACUUAUUCCUGGAGUCCCAAAAUAUUAAUCUCCAGUUCUGGACAAUGUGAUAUUAUUCAUACCUGGUAACAAAUUCUGUGAUACAGUCUAUACAA